CAUGGCAACGCAAAACAACAUGCAUUUGAUUUCGUAGUUUUACUAGAGAUGUCGUUCUCAUUCGCCGUGAACAUUGAACUUAUGGUGGAUCUGCUUGAAUUCGUAAAAUAUGGAGGAUGUUCCCGCUGAAGCACCAGAACAUUGCCCUGGCACUCAGAGCGAAUCUGCUGGAAAAGUGUCAGCAUGUCAAGGUUGUCCAAACCAAUUGAUAUGUUCAUCAGGUGCAGCAAGAGGACCCGAUCCAGGGAUUGAACUAGUCCGUAAAAGAAUGGAAUCUGUAAAAUAUAAGAUUCUUAUCUUGUCUGGGAAAGGUGGUGUGGGGAAGAGUACUUUCACAUCAUUGCUUGCACGUGGACUGGCUGCAGCUGAUUCUGAUAGAAAUGUGGCCAUUCUAGAUAUCGACAUCUGUGGACCUUCAGUUCCACGUGUGAUGGGUGUUCUGGGUGAACAGGUCCACCAAAGUGGUUCAGGAUGGUCUCCUGUUUAUGUGGAGGAUAACUUGUCUGUUAUGUCCAUUGGAUUCCUACUAUCAAGUCCAGAUGAUGCAAUCAUAUGGAGGGGACCAAAGAAGAAUGGCAUGAUCCGACAGUUCUUGAGCGAAGUGGACUGGGGUGUGCUGGACUAUCUUGUGAUAGAUACACCCCCAGGAACAUCUGAUGAGCAUCUAUCAGCAGCACAAUAUUUGUUAAGUGCUGGACUGACAGGCGCCAUCAUACUGACAACACCACAUGAGGUGGCAUUGCUAGAUGUGCGAAAGGAAAUAGACUUUUGUCGCAAAGUCAACAUUCCUCUGCUAGGUGUUGUAGAGAAUAUGGCAGCUUUUGUAUGUCCAAAGUGUAAGACGGAAACUGCCAUAUUCCCAGCAAAUACAGGUGGAGCUACCAAGAUGGCAGAGGAGUUGGGGGUUCCAUUCUUAGGUAGUUUGCCAUUAGACUCCCGCCUGGCUCGUAGCUGUGAUGAAGGAACCAAUUUCUUGAUUGAUGUACCAGAUUCUCCUAUGACAGUGGCAUUCAACAAGUUGUUGACAGAUGUUGUUAAAGCAUGUGAAGAAUCCAGAAACAACUGAUUUAUUAUAACAUGAAGUCAUCUAUUAAGUUUUCAUGGAUGUGUAAAUAAUUUUUUUAUUUGUACUGAACCUCACAAAUAUUGUUAGUGAAUCCAUAAAACAGUUAAAUUAUAUUUUUCUAAAGUAUGGAGUUUGGGGUUGGACUUUUCAGUAUAGCAGUUGUCAUGUAAUGUAGUUGUUACAAAUGUAUCUGAAGAAUUACCACCUCUCCAGCAAGAGUUGAAGAGUACUCUGAAGGUGGAGGCAAUAUGUACCUCUGAAACACUGGUAACCACCUACAAGACUACAUGACAUCACAACUCAGAAGACCACUACCAGCAACUUCACACUUCUGAGAACUUCAAUUCUCAGUGCCUGUAUAUGACCUAUAUUUGUAUAGUACAAAUAAAAGUGUAAUUAAUAUAUGUAAA